ACAUCAGCAUCCCCAUUGUGACAUCAGCAUCCCCACUGUGACAAGAGCAUCCCCACUGUGACAUCAGCAUCCCCACUGUGACACGAACACCACCAAGGCAAGCCCUUCUUUCUGCAUCCCAGGCGACUCCAGCCAGUCGUGGUUCGCCAUGGACUUGCCGACACGUGUCGUGUGUGCUCUGCUCCUGCUGGCCCUGCUGCUGGCAGUGACUCCCUGCCCAGGAGAGUCCAAGGAGCUCUGCCCGCACCCCUGCCGCUGCCAGAGGCGUGGACUGCUGGACUGCCGCCACGCCGGCCUGGCCACCGUGCCCCCGGCCACCCGCCGACGGGCCCUCACCGUCCUAGAUUUCACUGGCAACUCGAUUGCUACUUUGGAUGAACAAGCAUGGAAGGAAUACCCCUGGACUGAGACUCUAGUCCUCAGGGACAAUGAGCUGCAGGCAGUGAAGAGCCAUUCCCUGGAGGGGCUGUUCCUGCUGAAGCACCUGGACUUGUCUGCCAAUAGGAUCCUGUUGAUUGAGGAAGGUGCUUUUGAGCCACUGCCUUUCCUGAGGCUUCUAAACCUCAGUGGGAAUGGCCUCACACAGAUCCACAGCAGCACUUUCCAGGCAUGGCACGGGAUGCAGUUUCUAGAGGAGCUGAUCCUAAGCCACAACCCCCUGACCGUGAUUGCUGACCCAGCAUUCUUCAAGCUGCCUUCACUCAACUAUCUGGACCUGAGUGCAACUCAAGUGACUCCGCAGACGUUGCUGCUGCUCCUGCAGACAACAGUGCACUUGGAAACCCUCAAACUGCCCAAGGAUGUGGCCUGCUGCCUCUGCCAGGAGCAUGCCAGCACCGAGACCCCGUGCAGGACCAUCCAGUUCCUCUGCGAGAACCUGUGCAGCAGCAGCAGUGCCCAGUGUGCUGCUCACACAGGUCCUGUGGCACAGACACAGGGAGAAGUAAUGGAAGUGGAGCCCUCCGGAAAAGCAAAGAGCAGCCCAGUCUUGAACCUCAGGGCCAAGCAGCCUUCGCUGGGAGACCAUGGAACUGUAACUCUUGGGGUUGCCCUGACCCUGAGCAGCACUGAGGGGGAUGUCAGCAGCCUCAAGGAUUCCAGAUCAGAUUCAUAUCCCCUUGAGCACCUCUCCAGGCAGGAAGGCAAAACAGCUGCUGAUGAGCUGAUGGUUGAGCUCAAGAAUAAUCUGCCCAAGGCUAAAAGCAUCAUGACUGUGAAAAGCAUCGUCUCACGCCAGCCCCAGCCUGUCAGGGAGAAGGAUGUGGAGGAAAAGUCAAUCACAGUCUGGGAACGAAAGCAGAAGGGCUCCCAUUUGAACUGGCAGGCAUUAAAUCCCUGGGAUGAAGCUGGUGGGUUAAACCCCCCUGAGGACGACUCUGGACACCACAAAGUAUCCACACUGCCUUCAAAACACUCCCCUUCGCACUCCACAGCAAAGGGCCGUCGUUUCUCCAGGUCUGUCAAUAUUCAGGACUACCACGAUGCUGUGGAACAGACUGAGAAAACCAUGGGCAUGGAGAAUGUGGAGGAUAGAGAAGAGGAGGAGGAAGCACCAUCUUCAAAGCAGAACUAUGGUUGGACUCAGAAACAGCACAAUAAGAAGGCCAGCCAGCAGAAGCAGAUGGAGUCCAAUUUGAACUGGCAGACAUUAAACCCUUGGGAUGGAGCUGGUGGGUUAAACCCCACUGAUGAAGACUCUGUCUUUGGACACCACCAAGGUGUGGAUGUAGCUCCAUCUCCAAUAAGGAAAUACAUUUGGAAAAAGAAAGAGCACAAGAAGACCAACAGCCAGUAUUGGGUUGGCCAAAAUCCACUUUUCUACCAGGUGUUUGGCCCUGCCAAAGCCCAGGGAGAGCCCACAGGCAGAGAAAGCAAAGCCCAGCAGGGUCUAAACAGGAACCUGGAUUUUCUGUCUGACCCGCUGGUGAACAACGGCCCCGCUGCAAUCAGCAGGGUAGAGGACAGGGCUGAAGGAGAGCCUUCCUCUCGAGGUGGGCACUUCCCCCUCCUGCCUGACACCAUGGAGACAGCCUGGAAGCAACAAGAGGAAGGCUCCAGGCUCCUCAACAAGCCAGGUAGCCCUGAGGGCCCAGAUGUUUUGCCCGUUCCAGGAGAGGACUUUGAAACCACGGUCGAUCGUUCCCUGCGCUUGCUGGUGCCGGACGAAGGCCUGCGGGUGUUCAUGGCCCACAUGGAGCGAGCCCUGAGGACGGACUGCAGCCUGCCCGGGCUGCAGCUGGCCUGUGCCAAGAUGGUCUCCAAGACUGGGCUGCUUCUAAAUCUCCUCAGCAAGAGACAAGAGAGCGAGGGAGCCUCUGCUUUCACGAGACAGUGUCCUAUGGAAAAGACCAUCUCCAGACACACAACCUUGGAGGAGGGCAAGGAACACAGGAGGGAGAAACGACAGCCCAGGGACAAAGAAAUAUCGUUUGUGGUACUCCUGUCUGCCGUCACCACUGUUUUUGUGAUGCUGAAGUGUGUCCUCCAUUUGUGCUUCGGAUCUUGUGCAGAUGGUUCCCAACCCCAAUGCCGUAGGAAAUCAUUGCUGAGAAGGUAAUUAAUUACUCCCUGCCCAUGCCACUGCUGUGCCACCAACAGUCUUUACUCUGAAGAGCAACUCAUCCCCAGGCCCCCCAGCCAUGCGGGAGCCGCUGCCAAAGACUCCCCUGCCUGUGUUUAAAACACGUUGCUUUGGGGAGAGACCCAGCAAAGGAGCCCAGAGUGGGAGCGAUGGGCACACAUGUCAGAGCACAUCCCAACCAGCCCUUCUCUGCACCUCUGCUGGGGUGGGGUCGGGCUCGGGGGGUCCCACAUUGCUGCCACCACAAGGAAAUCCCUCUCUGCUCCAGUUCCCAGCAAGACUCUCCUCUGGGGACGGCUCUGCCCUAUUUCUCCCUGCCCUGCUCCCCACAGAGGCUUUUAAAGAACUUGCUCCCAUCCUUUCCAGAUGCCUUUCCCACCCAGGGCUCAUUCCCAGCUACGCCAGCCAGCGCUGUCCCUUCUGGGGCUCCCCAAAUUCCUCAGGCUCUGCUGAAACCCCUGCCAGAAGCAGGGAGAGGUGCUGGCACUGCUGCUGCCCUCCCUGGCCAAACCUCCCUGUUUAUGGACUGGGAGCAGGGAAUUUUGUGGAGAUGAUGCCCAAAAGCCUUUUUUUCCCCAUCUCCCUUGCAAACUCCAAUGGUUUGCCCUGCUGGAAAUGUCACUUCCCGACUCCUCCAGUGGCUGUUUC